UGCAUGCGACAAAAUUGAUAUCGCCGAAGUAUUUAAUCGUGCGUAGUGCAAAUUGUUUUUGUUCCCUCUCGAGUUUUUAUCACUCAUUUUCUCAGUCGUUAAGGUUGGCAAAUAGAAAACGGAUACUGAUAAAUUUUCAUCAGAAAAGGAGGCAGACAUCAAAUUAUUUUCGCGUUGCUUUAAAUACAACUCAGAAGAACGGAGAUAAAUGUUUAGAAAAUGGAAUGAUCAGUGAAAGAGUUGCGUCGAAUAAGCCGAUGCUCGCUUUGGACGUAUUUUUGAGCUGAAAAUAUAUUAUUUGAUAAUAUAAUUAGUUGAAGUCGUUAUUACUGACGGGUCGUGUGGAUAAUAAAGACAGUGAACAGUUAAGUAAACAAUCAAAACAAAGAAAAUAACAUAGAAAUGACAAAAUGAAGUAUUGAAAAAAUAUGCAUUUGUUGCUUAUUGGUUGUUACAGGAUAAAGAGUGUCGGACUUCGCCGAUUUCCAUGGCAAAAUUUAUAACGCAUAUAUAAUUUUUAUGCUAAUACUAUUUUCAUGCGUUCUUGUAUGUGAACGUAUACUUAUAGUAAUGCUUCUUUAACAUUUAAUAUUUUAUAUAAACAUCACAAAUCGUUUAAUAUGUCUAACGAGGACAACAUAACUUCGUGGGAUUUCAAUUUACUAAACGUGACCGUCGGAUAUGAAGGCAAGGACACUGAUGAGUUGAAUGACAGUUUCGGUAACCUGACAGCGGACUACGAAAUUAAUUCCUCGCCGCCUCUAGAGGAGCUCCUUUCCGUGUCGAUUGUCUACGGCCUGACCCUAUUGCUGGGCGUGGUCGGUAACAUCCUUGUCAUCUUUUCAGUCACCCGCUACCAACAGAUGGUGACCACCACGAACACCUUCCUUUUGAGUUUGGCCUCAGCGGAUUUGCUACUUGUCUUGAUUUGCGUCCCUGUCAAAUUUGCCGCUUUCUUUUCGUAUAUGUGGAGGUUUGGCGAAUUCCUUUGCAAGUUUGUCCACUAUAUACAGAAUGUUUCCGCCGUGUGUUCUGUCACCACGUUGACCUUCAUGAGUUUGGAGAGAUAUUAUGCAAUCGUCCAUCCAAUGAAGGCCAAAUAUUCGUGCACGGUGGGGAAAGCCAGAAAAGUGUGCACCAUCCUCUGGAUAAUGUCCUUCAUCCUGGCUCUUCCGAUCCUGAUAGGAAGAGUACAUAUUACAGUCGGUCUCUACCGGAAAGCCAUCUGGUGCAUACAGGAAUGGAAAUUACCCGCGUUCAGCAUUCUUUACGAGGUGUACAUGUUUUGCAUCUUGCUGGCCAUUCCAGUGACCAUCAUGACCUUUGCAUAUGUUCGAAUUUGCCGUGAGCUUUGGUUCAUCACACAGCAUAGAUCUCUUUUGAGGAGUGAAUCAGGUCAUUCAUGUAGUUCGAAGUACAAUUCUAAAAAUCAAGUGACUACAUUAAAAGUGAAAUUCGUCGACGACGACAACACCAAAAAGCAGGUGGUAAAGAUGCUAGUUGCUAUAAUUCUGGUAUUCGUCAUCUGCUGGGCGCCAAUCACCGUCAACAAUCUCUUAGUCUCCUUCCAAGUCCUGCCGACCCUUCACAUAGGAUCCCUUAAAUACAUCCGGGAGGCGUUCCACGUCAUGUCCUACGCGAAUAGCUGCGUCAACCCAGUGGUCUAUGGCUUCAUGUCAAAGAACUUCCGCCAGACUUUCGUUAAGUCCUUAUGCGGAUGCCUUCGAGGAAAGGACUACAUUCGGCGGCAAAUGUUUAAGAGCCAGACUGAGGUAUCAUUCAUGACGGAUGAAGCGUACCCGACACGUUUUGUGAACGCUGAUCGCGGUGCGAUUCUUACGAAGCAGUGCGCCGUCGAUGAUGACGAGCUUUCGGACGUCGACGGUAACAAGGAAACGGAUGCUUUGCGGCAAGAUGAUACGCAGAUAUAAAUGGUCAAAUAUGUUCCGGAUGCACAUUGCUUUUCAGUGUGAUUUCCACACGGCGUUCAUCCAGAAAGAAUAGCUGUUAAAAGGGCAAAGAUAAUUAUCUAAUAUCAUGCUAUGUACUGGCAUGCGUGGAUGUCGUGCUUGUUGUAAUUUAUUUCAAUGUUAAGUAUAAUAAAUGUAAGUAUUUGUGUUAUUUAUGCGUUAUCUGAAACUGUAAGUCUAUAUUAAGUUGGAACUAUAUCGUAUGUCAAAUGCCAGAUUAGAUACAAAACACUUACUCGAGGGUUAAGUUUUCAGAUUGUACAUGGAUGUAAUAUCUAAUCAAUAUGAGGGAUGUCAGACUUGUCUGAACGACAGUCAGAUGAGUUUGUAACGGUCUCUCAAGGGAAAUCUCUCGUACUCAGACACACUGGUAGUACUUGAUUUGAUAUUCGUGCCAAAAUGUGCAACAUUUAAAUGAAUUUAUACGAUAAUGUAUAAUAUCAUAUAAGAGAGGCGGUUAGUCGAUAACUUGAAUUUCUUGAUAUUGUUAAAGGUUUGUAGGCCAGCACAAGUUAAAAUGUACUUGUCAAAUGCAAUACGUUUAAACAUGAGAUGAAAAGAAGUCACCAAUACAAAGAACAUUCGGUACUACUUCUCAGCAAUGGCAUCGAUUAUGAUAUCUAAAUAAUAAGUUGUACAGUGCAAGUGAAAACGUAUGUUACCAAAUAUCGACGGGAAGUUUCUUUACCUUUUCAAAAAGUUAUAUUUCUGGACAUUAACAAGUGUGUUCAAUAUGGUAUUCCUUUUUUUAAUUCAUAAACGUUUGUGAACGGGACAACAAUUCCAUUCAUUUUAGAGAUAUUGUGUGCAAUCACAAACAGCUAUUUUGUGAAGUACAGUCAUUGUAAUGAAAGUUAAAAUAGCUUCACCAUAAACCACAACUGUAAAUUAGUAUUACCCCUGUUUUAAGAGGCUAAUAUUAUCUGAUUAAAAGUAAAAACUAAAUGCGAUCUUUAUUAUGGUCAAUAUAUUUAUUUUUAAGGUUCUUUUGAACGUGUUUAAAGCAAAGACAUGCUGCCACCUAAUGAAUUAAUGUUGCAUAUUUGACAAAAAGAGUAAAAAAGCCGUUUACACAUACAUGUAUGUUUGGUAAAACUACUAGAUUGACAGCCCGGACUUAUAUUAUUUUAUUAUUUUUUUUAUAUUGGUAAGAGCGACAAGUUGACAUAUACGUUGCUUAUGAUAUGUGAUUAUUUAUGUGUUUAUGUUGAUUUGUAUGACAACGGCAUACGUGUCCUGGAGGCACUAAAUAGUUACCAAAUAUAAA